AUGGAUACCAAAUCCGUUACUUUCAAGAAGUUGAUGAACAAUGGGUUAAACUGGGAUGCGAAGUCCGGGUAUCAUGUGGCUCUUCGUCAGUGUGAGGAGAACAGCGGUGAUGGUGUGGGUGCUUCAAAUUCGAAGCCUCAACAUGGUUUUUGGAAGGUUAUUUGGAAGUUGGGGUGCCCAAUAAAGUGA